UUACACACAUAUAUACAUGUAUACGACGUUACAAAAAUAUUCACAUAUGUAUUUUUUGUGAUUGGAUAUUUGAGUACUAACUGUGAGAGAAGGGUGAGAAAGAGAGAGAAGAGAAGAAGAAGAAGAAGAAGAGAGAGAUGGGGAGAGGAAGAGUGGAGCUGAAGAGAAUUGAGAACAAGAUCAACAGGCAAGUGACCUUCGCUAAACGCAGGAACGGACUAUUGAAGAAAGCUUAUGAACUUUCCGUUCUUUGCGAUGCGGAGGUUGCUCUCAUCAUCUUCUCCAAUAGAGGAAAACUGUACGAGUUUUGCAGCAGUUCAAGCAUGCUGAAAACGCUAGAAAGGUACCAGAAAUGUAACUAUGGUGCGCCGGAAGCUAAUGUGUCUACACGGGAAGCCUUGGAGUUAAGCAGCCAACAGGAAUACUUGAAGCUGAAAGCACGUUAUGAAGCCCUACAACGCUCCCAGAGGAACCUUAUGGGGGAAGAUCUAGGCCCUCUAAACAGCAAAGAGCUGGAGUCACUUGAGAGGCAGCUAGAUUCAUCCUUGAAGCAAAUAAGAUCUACAAGGACCCAAUUCAUGCUGGAUCAGCUCUCUGAUCUUCAACGUAAGGAACACAUGCUAAGCGAGGCUAACAGGUCUCUCAGACAAAGGCAGCUGGAAGGGUACCAACUAAACUCACUGCAACUGAAUCCCGGUGUUGAAGACAUGGGAUAUGGCCGCCAUCCAGCUCAAACUCAUGGUGAUGCCUUCUAUCAUCCAAUAGAAUGUGAGCCGACCUUACAAAUUGGUUACCAGCCUGAUCCAGUGUCAGUGGUGACGGCAGGCCCGAGCAUGAAUAAUAAUUACAUGGCAGGAUGGCUGCCAUAGCGGCUGGGGAAGCUAUUGUGAUGUUUCCGGCGAAAGAUCAAUCCACUCCACGAGCAAAUUCACCGUUCCAUUUUAAUUUGAAGACAGGAAAAGGAAGAAACAAAAAUGAAGAAAUUUGCUUUGGCAUGUAAUGGACUUGUAGUAAGUGUCUAAUUUGUAGGAGCAACGUAACCAGUGUUGUUCUGUCUGUGUCUGUGUGCAUGUGUGCUUUUCAUAAAACUGCAGUUCUAGUUCUUCCCUUUAUUAUUAUGAUAGAAGAAUAAUAACAAUAAUUGCUUUCACCCAGUUAUGAUUGCUCUGAAUUUGACACCAAUGACCUGUAGGGGUUGUUAUUAUUAAUAAUUAUAAUUGUUAUUUUGAGA